CCAAGAUGGCGUUACGCGUGGUCUGCGGUUGUGUCUGUCGAGCUGGAAAAGAAUUAGGGGGCACAAAUGUCAGGACGUUUGGUCAAACAGCGUUCUUGUGCCGACGCGCUGUUCCAUUGGGUCCGAUGCCGAAUGAGGACGUCGACGUUGAGAACCUGGCCUCGCUGGAGAAGUAUCGCAGCUACACUCGUUAUUUAAGACAAGCAGAAGAGGAGAGGAACAAGCCCGCCUGGUGGAACACCUACAGGAAAUAUGUGGCGGCAGAAGACCCUGAUCACGGUAUAGAGCGAGUGGACAUUGGACUGCCACGUGACAGCACCUCCAGGGGCAAACAAGUAAAGGAGAGGACGCAAGUGUUGAAGGAGAACAAGCAAAAUGAAGAGCUGGAGAGGGCGGCCCGUCUGCGCACCUUCAAGAUCAAUCUGGACCGUGUGCAGGAAAUAUGGGAAAAGAGCAAUGGUCCAUUUCAAAUUAAGAGACUGGCAGACCACUAUGGAGUCUUCAGAGAUCUCUUCCCCGUGGCUUAUUUUCUACCUCAGGUCACAAUCCGUGUCAACUACAGCCAGGAUAACAGUGGCCAAGUACAUUAUGGGAAUCGGCUGACGCCUACGGAGGCUUCUUCUGCUCCUGACAUUACUUUUGAGGCAGAGGAGGGUUCCCUCUGGACCCUGCUGCUCACCUGUCCAGAUGAGCAUCUUCUGGACAGUGAAGGAGAGUAUUUGCACUGGCUAGUGGGUAAUAUUCCAGGAGGUGCCGUGCAGUCAGGAGAGGAGCUAUGCCACUACCUGCCCCCCUUUCCUACCAAGGGCACAGGCUUCCACCGCUACAUCUAUGUUCUCUUUAAACAGGAGGGGCCCAUCGACUUCCAGGAAGACGUCAGGCAGUUUCCAUGUCACUCUCUAGCAGAUCGUACUUUUAAGACUGUGGAGUUCUACAGGAAGCACCAGAACAAUAUUACCCCAGCAGGCCUGGCCUUCUUCCAGUGCCAGUGGGAUGAGUCGGUUACCAACACUUUUCACAACAUACUAAAAAUGAAAGAGCCAGUGUUUGAGUUUAUACGGCCUCCAGUCUACCACCCUCCACAGGUCAAGUACCCACACAGACAGCCCCUACGCUACCUGGACCGGUACAGAGAUGGAAAGGAGCACACCUAUGGGAUCUACUGACUUACCAAACAAACACCUGACAGCUUGUGCAUCACAAAUGAUCAAUUCUCAUGCAUUAUGGUUGAAAUAUAUGUGAGUAAAAUAAAGGGUUU